UGCUCAUCUCGCCGCUUCGCUAGUUAGCUUCUUGCUAGCCACCUUUACUAGUUCCUCGUUGCGUAUAUUCCGAAACGUCACCUCUACGGUUGGCUGGCUAUCGCCUAGCUUUUAGCCAACAUAUUGGGUAUUUCUAAUGUUUAUUUUCACCUUCCGUUUGAGAAGCCACGUUCUUCUUGCUAUGGCUAACCAAGCUGCUUGAAGACAGUCAAUAACCAAGAGCUGAGAAACCAAACGAGACGCACACCUCCUGAGAUACAUGGCAGAAGGCUGGAACACCGACACCGGGGAGGCUGUAUACCGGUCCAGCGAUGCUAUAAAAAACCUGAAGAUUAGGGUCUGUAUUGAAAAGGUGACCUCAGCAGCGGCCCUCUCACAGCAUCUUGAGCAACAGGUUCUGUCCCAACAGGAGCGAGGACUCAUUGAAUUGGACACCUUCACCUCGCAAGGCCAAGCUGGUGAUAAUGUGGAGGAGUUAGUGGUGGGUUGGCAAGAGAAGCUCUUUAGUCAGGAUGAGGUAGACCUGUUUCAGGAUGAGUCUCAUUGCCAGACGCCUUUGGAGAGACAUUACCAUGCAGAAAUCAAGGCACUGAAGAGGAACAAGAGCCGACAUAAUAACAGGAUCUUUACCUACACUGACCAUGACCGUUACACCAACUGGCUUCCAGUCCAUCAAUUGCAUUCCCAGGACUUGGUGACCUCUACCAAAGCCACCCCCACCUUCCUGGUUGAAAGGAUGGCCAACGUGAGACACAGACGGCAGGACAGACGUGCAGUAGAUUGCAGUGUCAACAAAAUGAAAAUGAUCAACUGGGAGCCCACAGAGGAGUUUGUGACAAGCAGCCAUGUAGUGAACAAUGCAAUGCAGACAAUGCACAUCAUGGGAGACCUGGGUCCCCCCGGAAAACUUGGCCAGAGAGAGAAUGAAUGUUUGCUGUUAACCAUAAAAACAGAUGGGAAUGGGGUAGUCAUUGUUAAACCUGACUUCAACAAGGGCAAAGAACCCUACAGGAUUGAGACAGAGGGGGAGAAGAGAGAGGUGUGGCGUCUAACCCUGGAGAAUGUAUCAACCCCCAUGAACCUGGAAGAAAAGGAGAGAGAACAGCACAUGUACAAAGAUCUUUACAUAAGACACAGGGAGUACCUCAAUAGCCUCAUUGGCCAGGACUUUGAAAUGCCUCCAGCAGGGAUUCUACGUCUCUUGGUAAAUGGAGAGAUAGUCUCAGCUAAAGGCUUUGAAUAUGACAACUUAUAUAUCCACUUCUUCAUGGAGCUGCCCAACAAUUGGUCUACCUUGCCGUCCCAAUCACUCACAGAGGUUACCCAGACCUGUCGUACCAAGACCAUAGGGAAGGACAGUGUGGCUUUUUUCAGUUACCCCUUCAGCUUUGAGGCAUUCCACAUGAAAGAAAAGGAGAGUGAGGGGCCCCUUCCUCAGUGGCCUGUCCUCUACUUCAAGGUUCUUUCUCUGGAUUCCUGGCACUGCUAUCGGAGUGAAGGCUACGGUUACCUGGUUUUCCCUGAAACACCUGGCAAACACAUAAUGACAUGCCAUACGUGGAGACCCCUUCAGAAGGGGACAGUAUCUGGGCUGAGGCGCUUCUUUAUUGGAGGCUCUCCUGAGCUGGAGGAUUAUAGCUAUGUUAGAGUACCGGGGACAUUCACGGGACAGAGGCUGAGCCGCUUUGGCUUUUGCACUGAAACUACAGGAAGUGUCACUUUUACCUUGCAUUGUAUCCAACACGCCAGGGCAUUUGUUGAUGCCAGAUUAUUGAAGAAGAGAAGGCAGAAUGUUCUUGACCAGCUGGGAGGCUUCAGUCAAGAAGGAGCUGUCUACAACAUCCUAGAGGCGUUCCAGAGGGCCAGGAAACGGAUGCAGGAUGCCAGAGAAAGUCUACCCACUGAUCUUAUCCACGGCACCUCACAACUCCAAAUUUAAUCCACUACAUAGACACCCAUAUAUCGAUCUCAGGUGGAUUUUGGUU